AUGAAAGGAGGUACUGACUACGCCAGGCCGCCACUCAACGGGAAAUUCGACGUGAAUUCAGGAAAUUGUGGUUAUCUAAAAUUUAUGAAAUGGAAUGAUGCCUUCAAUCCGAAAAUGGGAUUUAUUCGAGACGAUGAAAUUAUUGUCGAAGCAAAAAUUACCGUUGAUAAGGUUGUUGAUAACGGGUCAGCUUUUCGUCCCUCACCUGAACAGCGCUUUCAGUGUGCUGCUUUAGUAACUACUGUUAUACCAACUCAUAAUGUAACGUACUGUGAAAACUUUCCAUACGGUGAUAAUAGGACACUGGCAGCGGAGAUUGAAUGCUCGAAAAAUACUGACAAUGUGAAAUAUUUUGGCAUUCGUGCCUACUGCAAUAGUGAAAACGUGUCAGACGAUUGGGCCUGCAGUGCUACUAUCAUAGAGGAAUUUAAUUCGAGGGAUAACAAUCGAGGUCUCCGGAAGUUUAUUGAGUGGAUUAAAAUUGUUGACUCCACUAAGGGAUAUAUUAGCAACAACCAAGUUGUCAUUGAGGCUCAAAUUGCUGUUAGGGAUGCUGUUGGGACGUCAAGUAAAAUUGUUAAAACAAUAUUUAAGCUGUCACCUCGUCACGUUGAUGAAGGAUCUAUCACAUUGAAGAUUCCAGAUUUUGCUGCUUUAAAAGAUGAAGUAAAAUCAUCAGUUCAAGAUAUUGGUGGUGUUCCGUGGAUGUUGGCGGCAAACACCGAGUGCUCCGCUGACACUGACAAUAUAAAGCAUCUCAGCGUUUACGCUUAUUGUAACAGUGAUAGUGAAUCAAACAUUUGGAGUUGCAAUGCUGUCGUUCAGUUUCAGUUAAUACCUCAGGAGAAAAGACGAUCUGAUUACAGUAGAAGGUGGGAUGAAAUCAUUAAAGACUUGUCAGGCUACAUUUGCAAUGACGAGUUAGUUAUUGGAGCUCACAUCACCGUUACGGAUAUGGUUGGUGUGCGAGCCGCUUCUUCUUUCAACUUCUCCAUUUUUACUUCUGUAUUCUGUGAUGGUGUUCUAACUGCCGGUGGGAAAGAUUUUAAUAUCAGUAAAGGAUGCCUCGCUUUACACUCACCAUAUUUCCGUGCUUUGUUUUCCCGAAAAGCAGGCAGCAUUAGCAGGAGGAACAUUGAAGAUAUAAAUGCUGAUGAAUUAACUGAAUUGUUGCAUGUAAUAUAUCCGUCACAAAAGCGUAUAGAUGGUGAAAACUAUGAACGUCUUUUGAAACUUGCCUAUAAACUUGAAGUUGCAUACGUUAUAAGUCAGUGUGAAGAAUUUUUAAUGCACACGAAAGGUAUUUCUCAAGUAAAAAAGUUAUUCUACGCUGAAAAAUAUAAACUUAGCAAGUUGCAAGACGAAUGUUUGAAAGCGAUUAAAGAUACCAGUGCAAUAAGGGAUUUGAAGAGGGAUAAAGAUUUCGGACUUUUAGGUGAUUCCUCGAGUUGUGGACGAGAAAGAAAAAUCGCCCUCCGAUACAGUGCAAACAGGCGCUUUAAACGUUACUUAAAGGCUGUCUGUUGCUUGCUAGGGUUAUUGGUAGAUAUGCAAGUUGAAACUGUUUUAUCUCUUAAAGAUCAACUGUUGUUGUUUGCAAAGUACUGUGCAAGCCGGGCAGAAAGGCAUUUAUAUGUACAGAGCGAAUGUUCUGAAGACACUGAUAAUGUGAAAUGCCUUGGCGUUUAUGUUUGUUGCAAUGAAGAAAGCAAGUCAAACUUGUGGAGUUGUAACGCCAGAAUUGAGCUUCGGCUGGUAUCGCAGAAGGAGGGUGUCUCUGAUCACACUGCGUCGUUCAACUGUAUUUUUAACCUGAAGGAGAGUAAGUGGAGUUGCAGAAAAUUUGUUAAAUGGGAUGUAAUCACGGAUCCAGUCAAAGGAUAUAUUUUAAAUAAUGAAGCCACUGUGAAAGUUAAAAUUACUGUCAAGGAGAGCAUUGGUGUUUAUGUCGCUCCUACUGUCGAUUUCUUCGUUUCUUCUCCAGAUGUUUCAGAUGCUGUUCUGAUUAUAGGCAAAAAAAAAGUUUAUGUUAACAAAGCAUAUCUUUCUCUGUUUUCGAAUUACUUUUAUACAUUAUUUUUUGCCGAAAUUUUUGGCACGGAUCAGCUGGAAAUACCUUUUGAAGACGUAAACGUUGACGAAUUUAUUGAACUAUUGCGAGUUAUCUAUCCAAGCCGAAAAGCUGUAGAUGGUGGAAACUAUGAAUUUUUGCUGAAGCUUGGUUAUAAAUUCGACGUUGAUUAUGUUGUAAAUAGCUGCGAGCGAUUUUUAAUAGCAUCUAAGGAUAUUUCGGUUGUGAAGAAAUUAUCUUAUGCGGAGAGGUAUAAACUCAGUAAACUCCAAGAAGAGUGUUUGGGAACAAUCAAAUCUGCGAGUGACGUAGAAAACUUGAAGAAUCAUGUAGAUUUUAGUCUUCUUGGAGAUGCCUCAAAGUCUGCAUUGUUUGAAAAGUUAUUUGAGCUUUCAAAAGAGGAGUUUACAGUCCAAGAGGGCUCUACUACAAUGAGGAUUCGCAAAUUCUCUUCACUUCUCGCUCGACGAUUAUCCAUUUACGAAAUUGGCGGUUUCUCAUGGAAAAUAGAGGCGAAAACUGACUGUUCUGAGGCCAGCAACAAUGUGAAACACUUUUGUUUGUUUGUUUACUGCAUCAGCGACAGUAGUUCGAACCUAUGGAGCUGUAAAGCCAUGAUCGAGUUCCGACUUAUGUCACAGAAGGAAGGAGUCCCAAACUACACCAAAACGUCAGUUCACAAGUUCACCCAAAAAGAAGACAACUGGGGCUAUCUGAAAUUUAUUGGGUGGGAUGAAAUCAUCAAUCCGAGUAGAGGUUAUAUUCGGGACAACGAAGUUGUGGUGGAAGCAAAAAUCACCGUUCUCAGUAGUGUUGGCGGUCGGAAGUUAUUAGCAAAGACCGAAUGCUCUAGAUUCACCGAUAAUAAGAAGUACUUCUGCAUUUAUCUUCAUUGUGACAAUAAAAACUGUUCAAAGUUGUGGAGUUGUAAUGCUACUGUUCAAUUUCGGCUGAUAUCACAAAAAGAAGGUGUACCUGACUACAGCAAGACGUUUAUUCGAGAGUUUAAUCAGAGGCUGAAUACUCAAGGGUACCAGAAAUUUAUGAAGUGGGAUGAAGUCACUGAUCCAAAUAAUGGCUACAUCUGUGAUAACGAAGUACGCGUUAGAGCCGAUAUUUUGGUGGCUGAUGUUAUCGGCCGACGAGUAUCACCAUAUUCCAACCGUGAAGGUUUUAUUAAAGUGAAGAUUCCAAAUUUUACUUCUAUGAACCAGCAAAUGACGUCAUCAAAUGCCAACAUUGGAGGAUUCUUAUGGGAGCUGGCAGUAACCGUUGAAUGCCCGGAUAGCGACGGUAGUGCUAAGGACAUCAACAUUUAUGUCUACUGUAGCAAGGAAAGCAGGUCAAAUUUGUGGGGUUGCGAGGCUACUGUUCGGUUCCAAGUAGUAUCUCAGAAUGAAGCUACACCUGACAUUACUCGAACGUUAACUCAUAUCUUCUGCUUUGAAAAAAACAGCGUGAAUUUUGCAAAGCUUGUUGAUUGGAAUGAAGUUAUCGAUUUAAACAAGGGAUAUAUAUGCGAUGAUGAAGUCGUUAUCUUAGCUUAUAUUACUAUUGAAAAGGCUUUUGGUGUACGAGGCCCUCAUUCAUUUGACUUUUCAAUUCGUCAACCUGAAGUUUGUGACGUUGUCUUGGUUGUAGGUUGGAAAAAAUUUUAUGUUAGUAAAGCGGUGGUUGAAAACUACGAACCUCUGCUGAGGCUUGGUCAUAAAUUCAGUAUGGCGUACGUCAUAAAUCAGUGUGAGGAAUUCUUAUUACUUUCAAAGGAUGUUUCUGCUACGAAAAAACUGGUUUACGCAGAAAAAUAUAAACUUAGCCGAUUACAAGACAACUGCUUGAAAGCAAUCAAAAGUGAAAAUGAUGUGAAGAUUAUGAUGGAAGAUAAAGAUUUCAAGCUUCUUGGAGAUGCCUCGAAGUCUGCAAUGUUCAACAGGGUCUUCGAAUCUAAGUAA